UCCUUUCAAAAAUAAAUGUUUCCUGAAGUCUGACUUGCAGAAAAAAAUGUAAAACACUUAAACUCGAAAAGUUGUGUAGUGCAGUGUAUGAAAGUGAUAAUUGAAAGAAUAGAAAAAUGAGUAAACAGAAAAAGAAGAGUACGGGGCCAAAGGUCGGGGUUGGCGGAGAUACCGGGGCAGAUGCUGAGAAGGAGAUUGCUCGGAUGAAGGCGGAGAUAGAGGCGGAGACACGAGCUAGAGAUACCAUGGAGUGGACAAAUAUGGAGUUAGAGAGAUCUGUUCGAGUCAUGGAGAAGAGUGUUCAACAACUAGAACAAGGAAAUUUUGAAUCCGAUGAUAGUGAGAUAAAGCAGAAAUAUGAUGGACAAAUGCAGAUUAAUCUUCAGCUGAUUGAACAAAAGAAAUGGCUAGAACAUGAGCUAGAGGAGAUAAAGCAGAAGAUCCAGAAUGAUAAAAUAAAUCCUAUCCCUGAUAUGCUCCUGGACUGGGAUAAGCUGAGUGAAACAGAACUUAAACGUCUUGUAUCACAGUUAGAGAAAACUAGAAAUGAUCUAAGGUCGGAUAUAAUAGAUGUAGAAUAUAGACUGGAUAAGGAAGGAAAAGAGUUUCAUCAUUAUGAAGAUUUUGCUCAAAUGUACAGAGCUGAGGUGAAAAGUUUGGUUCGAACCCUUGAUCAACUACAGCGGCAUGGAGCACAGCUAGGAGUUCCUCUACCUGGACUUCCGGGUAGUGGGUCAAACCUCAAGGAGACCCCCCCUGCUCCUUUCAGUGGAUUGAGCACAGAGAGUUCAACACCUGGAGGAUGGAUGUCUGGUUCCUACCCAAUGAGUCGUAAACACUCUGAGCUUAUUAAUUCACCACCUCCUUCAAGAAAACUUUCAACAUCACCAACUUUUAAUAGAAAAAAUGCGCCAUCACCAACAAGAAAGACUUCAAACAGAUCCCCAUCGAUUUCUCCCACUAGAAGAGUUAGAUCAGAGAACGGUACAUCUAAGUCCCCAUCUAAACGUGGAGCAGAAAAUGGCCCAACAACGAAAAUGGAUCGAAAGCUAGGUACACAACGUAAAACAGCUGGGGUCAGAAAUCUACCAAAAAUUGAUCGAUCUCGUAAACAAGAGAAACCUAAUGGACGCUCUAAUUCAAAAUCUCCUGAGAAGCAAGUGAAUGGCAAGGCUGAAAAGCCGCCUCAGCCACCGAGUGAAACUAAUUCAAAGGCCGAAAAAUCAGCUGAUUCAACAGCUGUUGAACUCAAUACCGUGAAAGAGGAAGAGGAUUCUUAAAAGUUCCAUGAAUCAAGUUUGUAAAAUAAAGUGAAUUUUGAUAAAGAUAAAAGCAAUGUUUUCCCUA